AUGUCCAUCUCGCCGGCCAAGAAGGACCUGCACCCAAAACUGACGGCGAUGAACACACGGGAGCUGAUCUCCGGAAGUCUUGACAGCGUCAAGCAACAGGCGAAGGCCAUGGCAUCCACCGUCUCGUCAGCUAGGCCGGCGGACCUCCGCCGAAAGCUGGCCGAGAUGAACACGACCGACCUCGCCGCGGGCCUCGGCCACGUCAAGAACCAGGCGGCGGCAGCGGUUUCCACGCGCGAAGGCGCCGUGAAAGCCGCGGCGAUGGUCCUCGGGGGCGCCGUAAGCAUCUACUUCCUCUGGCCCGCGGCCGCCGCCCCCGCCGCCACCGGCGCCAUGAUGAACGCGCCGGGCGCCGCCGGCUUCGUCAUAUCCCGCGUGGCGUUCCUGGCCAAGAGGCAGCUCUACUUCCACGUCCUGCGCACUGCCGGCCCUGUCGCCGCAGUCGCGGUUCUCGUGUAGGGAUGGAAGCGACGCACGGAGGCAUGCACGCGAGCUGGCUACCUACCGUGUGUUUUCUUCAAGUGUGUGUGCGAUGUACUGUCUAGUGGUACUAGCAUUUGGGCGUGCGGACAUGCAUGGAGGAUUUGCCAUCUAUCCAAUGCAACGUGUACAAUAAGCUCUGCCUAGCUAGUGCUCGUAUUUGCCCUUGUUCUCCAGUGUAUUGUUCUACAUGAAGCAACUGUUUGUCUACGUGUACUACUUUUGCCGAAAUAAUAUACUA